AAAUCAGCUCAAACCUCGAAACCUUAAUGGUUGAAACGGGAAAGCCAAAGUUUGAGUGAAGAAGAAAGCAAAAUUAAGAGAGCUUGGAUGGUUCCAGGACAUGGACUCCUCGUCGUCUUCUUCUUCUUCUUCUUCUCAUCAGACACACAUUCCUCUUCCCUCAGACUCAGACCCUGGUGCUAAACCCUUAGACCAUGAAGCCCAAUCAUCACUGGUUCCUAUUCAUCUUGUUACUGAGGCUUCUCAACUGCCAGCUGAAUUCCUUAACCCUUCACCUGAGAGGCAAUUGAUUAUUGGUUUUGAUUGUGAGGGUGUUGAUCUAUGUCGGCAUGGAACACUUUGCAUUAUGCAGCUUGCAUUUCCAGAUGCUAUAUUUUUGGUUGAUGCCAUUCAGGGUGGAGAUAUGCUUAUGAAAGCUUGUAAGCCUGCUCUUGAAUCUAGUUACAUCACAAAAGUCAUUCAUGAUUGCAAGCGAGAUAGUGAGGCAUUGUACUUUCAAUUUGGCAUCAAGUUGCACAAUGUCUUUGAUACCCAAAUUGCUUAUUCUCUGAUAGAGGAGCAAGAAGGAAGGACUAGAUUGCCAGAUGACUACAUAUCUUUUGUUGGCCUCCUUGCAGAUUCACGCUAUUGUGGCAUAUCAUAUUUGGAGAAAGAAGAGGUUCGCGUGCUCCUUAGACAGGACCCUAAUUUCUGGACAUACAGACCAUUAUCUGAAUUGAUGAUCCGUGCGGCUGCAGAUGAUGUUCGAUUUCUUCUUUACAUCUAUCAUAAGAUGGUGAAGAAACUAAACCAAAGAUCAUUAUGGUGUCUAGCAGUUCGUAGUGCUCUGUAUUGUCGAUGUUUCUGCAUCAAUGAUAAUGAUUUUGCUGAUUGGCCAUCCCUACUACCCAUUCCAGAUAACCUUAUAAGAGGGUGUAAUGAUCCUGAGGAGGAAGUCCUAUCAGUUCUUGAUGUCCCCCCUGGAAAGAUGGGACGUGUUAUUGGAAGACGAGGGGCCAACAUUUUGUCAAUAAAGGAAUCCUGCAAUGCAGCAAUUUUCAUUGGGGGUUCAAAGGGUCCACCCGACAAGGUAUUCAUAAUUGGACCAGUGAAACAGGUGAGGAAAGCGGAGGCAAUCUUGAGAGGGAAGAUGCUGGAAAUCUUUUAGGGAAAACCUCAUUUGUCUUGCAAUUCCCAUGCAUAGAAAUUGCGGCUUAAAUUUUCAAAGGCAUUGCCAGUUCACCAACAUUUAUGAUUUACAGCUUCUACUUAGACGCUGUGUUUCAUACAGAUAUCAAAAAUUAUGUUGUUUUUGUUGGGCUCAUGGAUUCUCCAAAUGAGUCAUGAUAGAAAAGUUGGCCACUGAAAGAUCUGAAACAGUUAACAACUAGCUUUUGCUUUCAUUAAAAUCUUUUACAGAUUUGUAUUAUACUAAUCCAAGGAGAUGUAUUACUGUAACAUCGCAUUUCAAAUAUGUCGAAUCAUCCCCCUUUGUGAA